AUGGCGAGAAAGAAAGGAAGUUCUCCUUCUUCGCCCUUGUCAUCAUCAACAACAACUCCCACCACAGCAAGCAACAGUGGAGAUCAAAGUGGAGAUCAAAGAGAAAUGAAUCCUUCAAGAAAUCACCACCCAAACCACCACAAUAUGGAUCAUCCAAGACAAGACAAGAAGAAGAACAUUGAGAUUUCUCCGAUUGAAAUCAAACAAGGCCAAACAAACACCUCCGAAGGCUCCUCGACAACAACAUCAUUUGUAAAUAAGAAUGUAAUACAAGGAUCAUUAUCGGAUCAAAAAAGAAGGGCAACACCAGUGAUCGUGAGCGUGGAAGACUUUUUCAAGGAGAGGCCUUCAUUACUCACUAUUGAGGAUGAUCAAGACGAUGAAGAAGAAACCUCGGAUUCCGAACAAGAUAUUGUAAAUAUUCAGAAAAAGACGGAAUCCAAAAAGAAGGUUUCGUUUGAUGGCUUCCUAAAUUUAGGAUUAAUAUUUCUUACUGCAAUGACUUUAAGAGUGAUGAUUGAUAAUCUCACAGAGAGAGGUUUAUUGAUCCCGAAUUUCGCUUUAUUGUUUUGUAUAUCUGACGAGUUGAUUAAGCGAUCAUUUGUAGAUGUGUUAGUGUUUACCGUGUCGUAUAAUUGUGCAUUGUAUUUGAAUAGUUGUAUUGGAAUGUAUAUAGUUGAGAGAGUGGGAGGAAAAAACAUGGACAAUACCAACGUUUUGGCAACUUUUCUAAAGCUUGUCGAACAGAUCAUUUACUAUUUAUUAACAUUUGCAUAUAUUGGACUCUUUGUAAUGACCAUUUUCUUGAAACGACUCUCAUUAAUGGUGAAUUUGGUGAUGGUGUUCACAAUGAUGAUUUACGUGAUGAAGGGUUUCAGUUAUUAUCAAUAUACAAAGAGAAGAUUCUUCACAACUGCUCCACUCAAAGUGAAUCCUGAUAGCGAUGACGAAAGAAAUAUUCAUCUUCCAACAACUCCAAUCAGUUUUUGGAAGGAAUAUUGCUAUUUCUUAUUUGUACCUACUCUUUGUUUUUUCAGAAACUAUCCAAUGUCCAAGACUGUGCGCAUUUCCUUCAUUGUGAAACAAUGUGUGUAUUUAGUACUUUGUGGAGCAGUUGCAUGGAUCAUAUUUAUUCAAUAUUUGGAACCAAUUUUUAGAGCUAGCGCCACACUUAACAUUCAACCUCCAAGUAUCGAGUAUAUAUCCAAACUCUUCGAGAAGAAUGCUACAAGCCCCUCACAACAAGUGUUCAAUAUUUUCAAGCAACAAUCAACAGUAGCACAAUCCAAUUACUUUUCAAAUUUAGGCAAAUUUUGUUAUCUGAUGCUUAAAGUUAGCUUCCCUUGGUUUUUGACAUGGCUUAUUAUCAGCUUUGCUUUCUUCCAUUGUUAUUUGAACAUACUUGCAGAGAUCACAAGAUUUGGCGAUCGAAGAUUUUUCUUGGAUUGGUGGAAUUGUCAAGAUUUUCAAGCCUUCUGGAAGAAUUGGAAUCUACCAGUACAUCAAUGGCUGCUUCGUCACAUUUACUUCAAGUCACUCGGAAGUGGUGGAUCUAAAACUAUUUCAGUGUUCUUCACAUUCCUCACUUCUGCCAUUUUGCAUGAAUUGUGUAUGGCUUUAAUUUUUAGAAGUGUCAAACUUUAUUUCUUUGCCGCCAUGCUUGUACAGGUUCCCUUCGUUUUGCUUGGACAAUACAUCAAUCAUAAAAGAAAAAUCAAACAAGCAAAGUCAGAACAAGAGAGUGGAACUUCUUCUCCUACCUCAAGUGCUUCCUCUGUGGCAACAACAACAGGUGACUCAGAUUCAAUGAAUUCUGCAACAUGUUCACAUGAGAACAAGAAAGAACAACAAAUUGCUGAUCCAUCUCCUCGAAAAUCACUAAGAGAAAUUGAAAAGAAAUUAUUAGAAAUCAAACAAAGCUUUCACAAAAAACUCAAAUCAAGAAGAGGAAAAGAAUUACUUCAACGACUGGGAAAUAUUUCCAUGUGGCUUUCUCUCUUUGCGGGACAGCCUCUGUUGUGUUUGUUAUACUUCCAUGAUUGGUAUUCUUUCGAAAGCAUGAUUUGUGACGUGAAUAAUAGCAAGUAUGGAUAUCAUUUGAUGUUUGAUCGUUGGUCAGAUUCAUUCUCUUUCAACUCGUCUUCAAUCUUGCCCAAUUUAUUUAGCAAUCAAUUAGUGAGUGGCGAAUGGAGGUUGAUUUUGGAACAGUUGUUGAGCUACACGACCAGUGCAUUAAGAUCAUGCUAUGCAACGGUUCUUCAUCGUUGA